AUGUGGUACCAGAAACAGUUCACACUCCCUGCACGGGCGCGCGGCUCGUACCUCAUCACCGACACGGUGCUGAAGGAGCUGCCCGAGAUCCGAGAGUACAAGGUCGGGCUGCUAAACCUGUUUAUCCAGCACACGAGCUGUGCGCUGAGUUUGAAUGAGAACUGGGACGAGGACGUCCGAGCCGACAUAAGCGACACGCUGGAUCGAAUCGUGCCCGAGGCUGGGCCGAACGGGGAGACUUUAUAUCGGCAUGAUGCGGAGGGGCCUGAUGAUCUCCCUGCGCAUGUCAAGUCUGCUCUGAUCGGGGCGAGCGUGACCAUUCCGAUAAAGGACGGCAAGCUGUGCACCGGGACGUGGCAGGGUAUCUGGUACCUAGAAUUCCGCGCCAUGAAACACACCCGCAAGAUAGUAGCCACCAUCCAGGGUGAAAAGGCAUAG